UAGUUUCAUUUUUUCCAAAAAAAAUAUUAAAAAAUUUUUUAAAAUUAAUUUUCAUUCAAAUUUAAACCGAAUUAAACGGACAAUUAAACAAAAAAGAAAUGCCCACCGAAAUCCCAGUGGACGCCCCAAAACCUCGUCUCUGCCGUUUGCGGAAAUGGUCGGAUUUCAACGGCUACGGUUUCAAUCUGCACGCCGAUAAAGGAAAAGAAGGCCAAUAUGUCGGCUCGGUUGAUCCUAACUCUCCGGCAGAACUGGCCGGCUUGAUGAAGGGAGAUCGCAUAAUUGAAGUUAAUGGCAUAAAUAUCGGAGUUGAGAAUCACCAGCAGGUUGUGAAUAGAAUCAAAACGAACCCCAAUGAGGCGACGCUAUUGGUUGUCAGUCCGGAUGGCGCUGAGUACUACAAAAGAUUAAAUAUAGUUAUAGAUAGCAACAUGAGUAAUUUGAGAGUGCGAGAGACGCCGGCCAGUAAUCCAUUCACUGCUUCUUCCUUUAAUAAAAAUAUGUACUCAGAUUACUCUAGCAUGGAUACAGGUUAUUCGCUGAGGUCAUGUCUGUUAAGUCUAUGGCAAGAUUUUCAGGGCUAUGGUUUUAAUUUGCAGAGUUUAGAUGGCAAACCAGGUCAGUAUGUAGGUAGUAUAGACCGAAAUUCCCCGGCUCAACUUGGGGGCCUAAAAGAGAGAGAUCGCCUAAUUUUAGUGAAUGACAUUGAUGUCACGAACAUGAACCACAAAGAUGUUGUAAUGCUAAUCAAGUCAAAUAAAAAUUCAGUUGCUUUACUAGUGGUGGAUCCGGAGGCAGAUCGAUAUUUUUCGAGUUCUGGGGUCAAACUGCCCAAUGACCAAGUUCAUGUUAUCGAUUGUAAAGGACCUCUCUCUAAUCCGUAUGUUGGAAAGUCAUCAUCUCAAAAUGGCUGUAGCAACAACAACAACAACAGCAAUAACAUUGCAAUCUCAACACCUGAAUUGAAGAACGUCAAAUUGGAAACGGCCAUUGUGUCAGAAACCAAUGAACAACAACAACCGCAUCAACAACAACAACCACAUUGUCAGGAUUUACAACAAGAACAACAACGACAACCAAAUGAUCAUCAUUAUCAGGAUCAUCAUCAACAAGAACAACAACAGCAACAAAAUCAAGAAGAUGAUUAUCAUGAUAAUGAGCAACAACAUCAGCAACUACAUGACACCCAUGAAGAACAGAAAUCUUUCAAUCACUUAGACCAGGAUUUCUACCUGACUGAACAUCAACAACAACUGGGUUCCAUUGAUUCUUCCUCCAUCUGCGAACGAGAAAAUUCCACUCACUCCAUCAGCUCGAUUGAUGCAGGUCGAAACGCAUCGCAAAGAAGUUACAAGUCGGCCGAAUAUGAUGCAUCAUCAGCGCCAUCAUCGGCAAAACCAUCACCAUCAUUAUCACCACUGGCUUCCUUAGCACUAUCAUCACCACCACCAAUACAGCCAUCAUCAUCAUCAGUCAAUCAGCUGUUGUCACCGUCAGCUUCGACACAUUCCUAUUCUUCGCUUUCCCCAUCGCCUAAUUCACUAAUUUUUGCCGGGUCUGCCAAGGAGGCCAGGGAGAGAAUGUCUAGGAAGAAGAACGUGAAAGAUGUCAGUAUGACACUUAAGGAUAAGUACGAUUUGCUUCAGAAGUUAUAGAUUACUGUUUGGUUGGAUGAUCGAUUGAUUAGUUGAUUGAACAACUGAAUGGUUAAUUGAU